UUUCUAAUUGUAUUCUCAAUAGUAUAAGAAAAGUAUGAGCUAUGAGAGACUUGUAGAGUUACAAAGAUGGCCUGGUAUUGGAUUUGGCUUCAGUGUUAUUGGUGGAAGUGAUACGCAUAUACCACCAAUGAUAUGUGCAUUGGUACGUGAUAGCCCUGCCUUAUUAUCUAAAAAGGUGUUUGUUGGUGAUGUUUUGUAUAAAGUGAAUGGGCAUGUGGUAUCCAAUUUGGAAACAAAACAAGUUGUUGACCUGAUCAGAAAUUGCAAACAAAGUAUAGUGUUAUCAUUACGAGAAGAUCGGUUAGCAAAACUCAAGGCACGGCCAUUCUUAGCAGAAGAUAGUCUCAUAGAACCACCUCGUGCAGCAAAGAGUCCAACCGUAAAAGUAUCAGACGCAAGUUUUUUAGAAUUUCCUGUAAACUCAUCAUCUUGUAGAGAUCUUGAGAAGAGCUAUUCACAUGAUCAUUGUGAUAACAAAAAUUCUGUAAACUUUCCACAGUAUUCACAGUCAAUACCUAUACCAAAUAGUGAGUCAAAGAAAGCUCAUGUUCGUACAGUAGGAGUUCCAAGUAACUAUCACUAUGAAGGAGAUGGGCAUUUUAUUUAUGAACAAUCUGGGAAAUAUCCUAAUGAGGUUAAUCAAUCUUACGGUGACCAAGGUUUAGGAAGUGACCAAAUGGAUGGAAAACAUAAAUACUACCAAAAAAAGCCAAAAAGUCCUCGCUGUUAUCCUACUGCUUCAUCUAAUGAUCGACCUGUGAUGGCCACAGCACAUUUAUACAAUGUAGAGGAUUUGCCUCCUUCCCCACGGUCAUUUGUAAACACUGAAGCACCAACAUACAAAAGUUUAGCAAAUAGACACAAAUAUAACAGUGAAGAUUAUUCAACUCAUUUAUUCAGUGGACAUGACACUCAAAGUGAAAAUAAUUCUCGUUCUCCAGGUAUAUACACUGAAGAUUUAAACUAUGUACACAGCACAAGUAGAAACCUACUGCAUGCUACACUUAGUCAUACAAAAAGUGCUCCACCAUAUAAAUUGGAAAAUCAGUUUGAUUUCAACGAUGGGACAUGUGUGAGUUACCUACGAGAGCAAAGUAUUGAAUACCCAAGUAAAAAUAGACCCUACAGUAACCCUGAUGUUGAAAAGACUUACACUGAAAGGCUGAAGGAUCCGCCCACCUUUAACGAUUUAAAAAUUCAAAGUCGUAGGAGGGACUUUCACGCUCAUAGUAAUUACUCUUCUCCAAAUGUGUUUGAAGAAAGUGAACGUACAUAUUCUGUCCAUAAAGCCCUAACAUUAACACCUGUUUCUCACUCAGUGCACUCACUAGUGAAACCUAACUUUUAUGAAGACCAAGAUCUUUCAUUUAAUGAUUCUAGUCAUUUGUUGCCACUUUCAACGCAUACCCCUAAUACUACAUGUGCUGCACCAUCUAUGAUGAGCUCUCCAGUCUCUUCUACAACUAGCAAUAUGUCACAAAAUGUCAGUCCAGCUGAUAUCGCAAGUCGUUUGUUUACUUUGAAUGGAUAUAAGGAUUCUGAUGUUGCUCCAUUACUUGGAAAAAAUACAGAGUUCAGUCAAAGUGUUUGUCGGGAAUACUUGCGCUUCUUCUCCUUUGAGGGAUUGAACCUUGAUGAAGCCAUAAGAGUGUUUUUAAAGAAAUUUCCACUGACUGGUGAAACUCAAGAAAGAGAGAGAAUUUUGAUACACUUUUCGAAACGAUAUCAGGAAUGUAACAGGGGCAAUAAUAUGAGUGAAGAUGCAGUUCACACGUUAGUUUGUGCUAUCAUGCUUCUUAACACAGAUCUUCAUGGUCAGAGCAUUACCAACAAGAUGUCUUUAAAUGACUUUAUAACUAAUUUAUCUGGUCUGUGUGAUGGUGGAGAUUUCCCUAAAGAGCACUUAAAAACAUUGUACAAUGCAAUCAGGCAGAAAGAAAUAGUGUUUGCAAGUGUGAAUAUAGACAAUUCUCCCAAACCAAGGCGCAAGAAUUCUGCCCCAGGAAAUCCAUUUAUCGAGUUGAAAACAGAUUCAGGCGAUACUGUUCUUUGUGAAGGACUUAUUUAUCGGAAGUCAGUGAUGGAUCCUGGCGGAAGGAGAACUCCAGCUAUUAGAAGAAAUUGGCGACCCUGUUAUUGCGUAUUAAAAGGAUUGAUUGUGUUAAGUUAUAAACCAGAAAGUAUUAAUUCACAUGAACCACAAGCAAUCGGUAUUCAUCACUGCUUGGCAGGAUAUGCAAAAGAUUACAAGAAACGAGCUUAUGUAUUUAAACUGAUAACAUCAGACUGGAGUGUUUAUUAUAUACAAGCAAAAAAUCAAGAGGAAGUAAGGUCUUGGAUGGAUUCUCUCAAUGUAUCUGCAGCAAUGAUGUCUUCACCACCUUUGCCUGCACCAGUUGGAUCAUCGAUCAGAUUUCAAAGACCUGUUAUGCCAGUGUCGAAAACAAGACUAAGUUUGGAGGAGCAGUUAGCACACCAUGUCGAAAAAGUGAAAACAAUAGAAUUGGAUUUAGCUAGUCAUACAGAGUAUACACCAGAUCAUCAAAACAAACACUACCAGGAUUGGGAAAACAAAUUAGACUACUUAGAAUUUGAAUUGAAACGUUUCAAAGCAUACGCAUCCGUAUUGACGUCGAAAAGGUUAGAACCAAUUAGAAAAAAAAUCCUGAAUUCGCAGUCUACAGCACCAUCACCAUCAAAAACAAACGUUCUGAGCGAAAAAUCAAGAAGUUCAUCGAUGCAUAGUCUGAUUGCCCCACCACCUGUUAGUCCAUUAACACGUAAACGCAUGGUGGAAGAGAAUCGAAAUAGUUAUUUCGUUGGUCCAGUGUCUCCCUAGUGCUUUUUAUGAAAUGAAAAUAUGUGGAAAAAGCGUUGCAAGAUUUUUAAAUCAAUAAAAGAGUUCUGUAGAAUCGCUUCAACCAUGCCAUUCAAAAUUGUUUUGCAUAGUGGCUGUCUGUUAUGUUGUGGCGACAGAUAUGAAUAAACAAAGCAGUAUAGCAUCUUAAUUUCCAUGAUUUUAGGUAGAUGCUAAGUUUAUUAUAUCUGUUUAUUAUAGCUUUUAAAUUCCAAAGCUUUAAUUCAUAUUUAUUAGAAACCUAAAAUUGUUAGGCUGUUAAAUGUUAUGAUUUUAUUGUGGAGAAAAAAAAAACUUUUAUUACUGUUAAAAUAAGAACAGUAUUUUUCUGAAUAGAAAUUACUACAAUCCUGUUCUCCUGAUAUUGAACAAACUCUCUCUGAUGGCGUAACAUUAUUAUGUUUAAUAUAAAUACUGUACAUUACCAAUGUUAUUUUAAUACUUGAAUAUAUAUAAUAGCAAAGAUAAAUACGUGUACAAUAUUGUAGUUGAUAAUUAUGUUAAUUUAUGCACUUUGUAAGAUAAUACAACGCAUUUCAACAAAAAAGAGAAUCAUUGCGGAAGUUAUUUUAUAGUUCCACUCUAUCUCAUUUUGUUAAAAAAGUCAAGUGAAUACCUGGAAAAAAAAGAGAAGUAUAAUUUUUUAAUCUGAAGAAAAACCCAUUGCAUACUUGCAUUUAUUUAUUUUUCUUUUGUUUUCUGCAUUCAGCACACACGUGUGAAUGUCAUAGCCAUAUUCUGCUUUUAUAUAAUUGUGGUUAGUCUGAAACGUAAGAUGAAAGAGUGUUUUUUAAUUUUGUCUGGAAACUCAGGUAAAAAGUUACAUUCAGUGAAAAAGGUCUUUCACAAGCUUCCGAGUACUUGCAAAAGACACAAAUGUUUUUUAGCACUUAUCAAAACCCUUUACUUUAUUAUUUGUAAAUAUUGCAGGUAUUUUUUUGACAUGCUAGUCUGUUUUAAUUAGUCACAAUUACAAGAUGGUCCCACAUCAGCACAAAAACAAAUGACAAUUAGUACAUGUGUUUCCAGUCUUUUCAGAAAGCUGAAUUUUUAAUUCAGCUUUUGUUGAUUCUUUUCUUUGUUAUUUUUGUUGUUGUUGUUUGGGCUAUUUAUAGAAGGAUGAUAGAAUAGUUACAUAAGGCAACCUACAUUAGUUUUCUUUUUUUCGAAUGUUAUAUUUUUAUUAAAAUGUGUAUGCUUUUAAGAAACAAUUCUUAGUCUUAUAUUUUGUAUCUGAAAUUUUGUUUUUAUUCCACUAGCAACAUUAUAUUAUAUAAACUAUAAAUUAUUAUCAUUAGACUCUUGUAGAGCAUAUUUUUAGCAUUUAAUUAUUUUUAAUUUUGUUUUGAUUUUGAUUUUUCCUUAUACCGUAAUAAAAAUUUUUUUUUGCAGGGAGACAUUUUUGCUAAAGUAAUUUUAAUGCAAUUGGAGACAAUUGUUAAUACAAAAUCUGGAGUUAGUGUUUCCCUUCGGAACUUUUAUGUGUCUGAAAACUAAAUAAUGGCAAAAACAGGUGUUUUUUUAUAUAACAUAUUAUCUAUCAUAAUAUUAGUAUUAAAACCAAAUAUCAAAUGAACUGCGUUCUUUAAACGGUACUUAUUAUCAUAAAAAAUUUAAAUAUUUUGGUGAUUUCCCAAAAAAUGCAGAACUUAAUUUUGCGGUUGAUUAACUGUUGGAGAACUUGAUAGUGUGAAUGGUACCCAAAGUUGCAACACUAAAUCCACAAUAAAUAUGUUCCACAAAAGUUUUUCCCCCUUCCCUAAUUAUCUUUCGUUUAGGUAUACGUUCCAUUGUAUUUAGGUUAUUCUAAUUUAUUCGUUUACAUGAUUUAAAAAAACUGAUCCGCUUGAGUAUGAAAUGUA